UGGAGAAGAUUUUCGACUCCAAACAUUAACUCCGCCUGACCUGCAGUGUAUUUCCAGCACUGUUUUUUUUCCCCACAGCAUCUGCAGCAUUUUGCUUGUAUCGUGCUUGUUAAUUCACCCUCAUUCCUACUUUACUGUAAAUGUUAUUUUGCUUCCGAAUGAAUGUAACUUCACGGUCUUCCUUGUUUUCCGUUUGGAGUAACUUUGUCGUGGCAAAAUCUAAACGCUCGGUACCUGCUGCAUGAUUAGCUAAACGAUACCUUUGUUUUCUUUGGGUCAAUGCAACGCUAAUCACGCCGGCUGGCCCUGCAGCUGCAGAAUCACAUUCUAAUCGCCGCUCGCGGGCCCCGGGUUCCAUUCCCGGCUGCAGCUCGCCGGCCCCGGGUUCCAUUCCCGGCUGCAGCUCGCCGGCCCCGGGUUCCAUUCCCGGCUGCAGCUCGCGGGCAACGGGUUCCAUUCCCGGCUGCAGCUCGCCGGCCUCGGGUUCCAUUCCCGGCUGCAGCUCGCAGGCUCCGGGUUCCAUUCCCCGCUGGAGAACACUCUUCCCCUCUUCCAUUUCUGAUGAAGGGUCUAGGCCCGAAACAUCAGCUUUCCUGCUCCUAGGAUGCUGCCUGGCCUGCUGUGUUCAUCUAGCCCGACGCUUUGUUAUCCUGGAGCUCACAGAUCGCGGGGUUCGGCUUAAACAACAUUUCCGGAUAAGCUCAGCGUACGGCCUCCUAUCCAGGGCGUGUAGUCUCCUCCUCUUCCGCAGAUCAAGGCACUGGAGAGGAGAAGUAAAGUCUCCGUAGCUGACGACUAACUUUAGACAUUUUAACAUUGUGAGGAUGGUGGACAGUGCCUUGGUCAAAACCUUCCGGGUGCCUGCACGACAUGGUUAUGCCGUAGAGCUCUCGCCUUAUUUCCCCUCCAGGCUGGCCUGCGCUACCUCUCAGUACUAUGGAAUAGCAGGCUGUGGAACAUUAGUGGUGCUGGAACAGACAGAGGCAGGAAUUAUCCCUUUCAGGAGUUUUGACUGGAAUGAUAGCCUUUUUGAUGUUACUUGGAGUGAGAACAAUGAGCAUGUCCUGGUCUCUGGGAGUGGAGAUGGGUCUCUGCAGAUCUGGGACACUGCAAACCCUGCUGGACCCUUACAAGUCUUCAAAGAACACACUCAAGAGGUUUACAGUGUUGAUUGGAGCCAGACCCGAGGAGAAAAUCUGAUUGUAUCUGGUUCUUGGGAUCAAACAAUAAAAGUAUGGGACCCAAUGGUUAACAAUUCAAUAUCUACAUUCCAUGGCCAUGCAAGUGUCAUUUACAGCACAAUCUGGUCACCACAUAUCCCUGGUUGCUUUGCCUCAGCCUCAGGUGAUAACACUCUAAGAGUCUGGGAUGUAAAAGCAGGAGAAGCCAGAAUAAUUAUUCCUGCUCAUCAAGCAGAGGUACUGAGCUGUGAUUGGAGUAAAUAUGAUCAGAAUAUACUUGUUACGGGAGCAGUUGAUUGUAGUUUAAAGUGCUGGGACCUAAGAAAUAUCCGACUGCCAGUACAUCAUCUUGUUGGCCACACUUAUGCUAUACGGAGAGUUAAAUUCUCCCCGUUCCAUGCUUGCGUGUUGGCCUCAUGUUCAUAUGAUUUCAGUGUCAGGUUUUGGGAUAUUUCGAAGCCUGACUCAUCCCUUGAAACAGUGGAACACCAUACAGAAUUUGUAUGCGGCUUUGAUUUCAGCUUGCAUAUCCCUGGUCAGGUUGCAGACUGUGCCUGGGAUGAGACAGUGAAGAUCUAUACCCCGGCUUGCCUCACAGUUUAGAGAUUAAACUUGGCAUCACUGGAAGAUUUGAGGUGUCAUAUCCUGAAUGAAGUGCACUAGAUUACUGUUUGAUUCGUUUGUGUAUACGUGUAACAUUUUGGAACUCACAAAAAGUGAUUGGUUGUUAUGUGGUGAAUUUGUAACGCUCUUAACCAAUUUAAUUAUUGCUAUAUAUUCAGCAGAAUGUACAGCUGGAAAUGUUUUAUUAUUGCUGCCUUCCAUUUGAAGGAGAAGAAUAAUUAAAAGUUGUUGUAUUAUAGUACUGUCUAAAACAUUGAGAAAUCGAAAUGCAGCAGUACUAUUUUAUCCUCUCACGUUACAGACUUUUUGGAAAAGUGGGUGAAAUUCAAAAUUGGUAUUUAACAUACUUAGUUAUAUCAACUAUAAUAAAAAUUUUGACCUUGUGUCUAAGCAUUGAAAAGUUUGAAAAUUGAACAGUUUGACUCUGACUCUGCAUUGGGGAAAUGUUUGGAUGCAAGAAGAUGUUUCAUUCAUGCAGUUCACUUCAUGUCUGGGUUUUGAAUAGUAUCUGCUCAAGGUAUAUUUAUAUUCCUCGUGUUCCAUGGGGACUGGAUACUACAAUGGACUAGAGUUUGUCUUUUCAGCCUUUGAAAUUGGUUGAUAGGAAUCUUCACUUUACUGACUGUGAGGACCUGAAAUGAGUUUCAUUGGAUUUACUCUAGACCUCAAUGGGCUGGGGACUGCAAGAUAAAAUGCUGGCAUACAUUGACACUACCAUGACAAUUAUACUCUUGAUGUGAGAAAUUGAAGCAUUCUGGUGGAGUGGAAGGUGUCUUUGUGGCUGAAGCUGAGCAUUGUUGUGAAAUGGAUGACCAGGUAAUCUGGUCUUUGACAGUAUUGGCUGAAGGAGAAGCUUUGACCAAUACACCAGGAAAGCACCCUUGAAAAGUAAUGCCAGAAAGUCCUCUGAAACACAGAGACAGAUUUAAUUUUUUGAGAAAUAUUCCUGGAACAACUUUAAAAUAUACAAUUAAAUCUAUUUACUGGAAUAGGCAGUAACUUGUACAAAGUAGAAUUUUUGAACACACUUUCAAAUAUUAAAAUAUUGAAAUUAAUUUGAACUCUU